AAGCAGUUGUGUUGGAUGUUGAUCCUUUUUAUUUAUUUUGCUAUGAAGCCGUACGCUCCAGCUUUCAUUCUCCUGUGGAGUGCUGUCGGGAUAGCGAGGGCUGCCAAAAUUGUUGUUGUGCCGCCAAUUAUGUUUGAAAGCCAUCUUUAUAUUUUCAAGACUCUGGCCUCAGCCUUGCAUGACCAAGGUCACCAGACAGUGUUUCUCCUCUCUGAGGGCAGAGAGAUUCCUCCAUCUAAUCACUAUAGGCUUCAGCGCUACCCAGGGAUCUUUAACAGCAGCACCUCGGAUGAUUUUCUCCAGUCCAAGAUGAGGAGUAUUUUCUCUGGGAGACUGACAGCCCUCGAACUGUUUGAUAUCCUGGACCACUAUUCCAAGAACUGCGACAUGAUUGUUGGCAACCGAAACCUCAUGCGUGCCCUGAAACAGGAAGAAUUUGACCUGCUCCUGGUAGAUCCCAAUGAGAUGUGUGGAUUUGUUAUAGCUCAUCUUUUAGGGGUUAAAUAUGCCGUCUUUUCCACUGGCCUCUGGUAUCCGGCAGAAGUGGGUGCUCCAGCUCCCCUGUCUUACGUUCCAGAAUUUAACUCGCUGCUCACAGAUCACAUGAACCUAUUUGAGAGGAUUAAAAAUACCGUUGUUUAUCUUAUUUCAAGAUUUGGAGUCAGUUUUUUGGUUCUGCCGAAAUAUGAAAGGAUAAUGCAGAAAUACAAGGUUCUGCCAGAACGGUCCAUGUAUGACUUGGUUCAUGGAUCCAGCCUGUGGAUGCUUUGUACUGAUGUAGCACUGGAGUUUCCAAGACCUACGCUACCCAAUGUUGUUUAUGUGGGAGGAAUCCUAACCAAACCGGCCAGCCCUCUGCCAGAAGAUCUCCAAACGUGGGUGAACGGUGCUAACGAAAAUGGCUUUGUCCUCGUCUCAUUUGGAGCUGGAGUGAAAUACCUGUCAGAAGAUAUAGCAAAUAAGUUAGCACAUGCUCUGGCGAGACUGCCUCAGAGAGUUAUUUGGAGGUUUUCAGGAAACAAACCAAGGAAUUUAGGCAACAAUACGAAGCUGAUAGAAUGGUUACCACAAAAUGACCUCCUUGGUCACUCUAACAUUAAAGCUUUUCUUAGUCAUGGAGGUCUGAACAGCAUUUUUGAAACCAUGUACCAUGGGGUCCCGGUGGUGGGGAUUCCCCUUUUUGGAGACCAUUAUGAUACUAUGACUCGUGUGCAGGCCAAAGGCAUGGGAAUAUUGUUGAACUGGAAGACCGUCACUGAGAGUGAAUUGUAUGAAGCCCUAGUAAAAGUUAUUAAUGAUCCCAGCUACCGGCAGCGGGCCCGGAGGCUGUCUGAGAUUCACAAAGACCAACCUGGUCAUCCUGUUAACCGGACUGUAUACUGGAUUAAUUACAUCCUCCGUCACAACGGAGCCCAACAUCUACGUGCCGCUGUUUACAGCAUCUCUUUAUAUCAGUAUUUCUUACUGGAUAUUGCCUUUGUUGUACUAGUGGGUGCUGCCUUACUUUAUUAUAUUUUGGCCAGGAUAACAAAAUUUAUCCACAAACAAAGCAAACAUCUUUGGUCAAAUGAUGAACAUAGUGCUGUUAAUGGACAUUACCAGAACGGGAUACCAAAUGGCAAGUAUAGAAGAAAUGGCCACAUUAAGCAUGAAAAAAAGGUGAAAUGA